GCAGUCGGUGAUGAAGCCGUCUGCAGGCGACAAACCACGGAUCCACUACUGAUGCCCUUCACAUAGUUUCCCCACAAAUUUAGCCACACUGAAGAAGAAGAUGAUGAAGAAGAUGAUGUCCUCUCUGCAGUCGGGAAAAAUCCGAAGAAAAGCUACAAACGGAUUUUAACAAAACAUUUAUCCACCUUCCGGAUUUCAAACUUCAAAAGAAAUCAUUUUACAGAUUCUCCUGCUGCGACCGUGUGUGGUGUCUGAUUGGGACCUGGUGUGCGUCAGGAGGCUAUGGUGAGGCGAUGUGCACAGGCUGGUGUGAGGAGAGAUGUACCAGCAGCAGUGGAGGAAGACGGAGAGGUAAAGGAGUGCAUCUUCGUUCAUGGCUGUGCGUCUCGUUUUUGUUCACGGCCCUGUGGGGCCAAACGUCCCCCCAGUGCCCGGACAGUUGCCACUGCGCCUGGGACACGGCCACGGUGCUGUGCUCAGACGCUGGGCUGCGGGAGAUCCCAGAGGGGAUCCCACCGGAAACGGUGUCCCUCCACCUGGAACGCAACUACAUCCGUAACAUCCCUGAGAGUGCCUUCAGUGACCUGGUCCAUCUGCGUGACCUCUACCUGUCCCACAACCGCAUUGACUCCCUCGCCUCUGGGGCUCUUCGACAUCUGGGCCCCGAGCUGCGCCUGCUGGACCUCUCACAUAACCAGCUGAGACAGGCCAGCAGGGAGGAGUUUGGCUCCACUCGUGCAAAGACACGCCUCUACCACAACCCCUGGCACUGUGAUUGUGCCCUUCAGGAGCUCAUGGAGACUCUGAACCUGGAGCCCGAGACGGUGAAUGGGAUCAUCUGUGAGAGCUCUGUUCGGGGGGUGGGUGAAGGGAGCAGGUGGGAGGACCCGGGGUCGCUGGGCGAGCACGCAGGUCAACCGCUGGUCAAACUGUUGGAUUCUGGGGUGAAUUUCUGCAGCCUGCAGAGGAAAACCACUGAUGUAGCCAUGCUGGUGACAAUGUUUGUGUGGUUCUUUAUGGUGAUCGUGUAUGUAGUGUACUAUGUAAGACAGAACCAAGCCGAAGCCCGCAGGCAUUUGGAGUACCUGAAGAGUUUGCCCAGCCCGCGCAAGACCCCCACAGAGACAGACACUCUAAGCACAGGUUUCUGAGCUCCUGCUCAGUUGUCAUUUAAAUGGAAUAAUAAUAAUAAUAAUAAAAUCCCAUUUUUAUGGAGAGUGACUGAUAAACUCUGUAAACUGCCUGUGCAAGAUGCUGGUAAAGAGGAAAUUAUCCUUUUACACCUGUGUUUUGUGAUUGCAACAUUUCUUUAUAUUUGUUACUACUGAGCCCCCCCAUGUUUUUCUUGAUAUUUCUUUACCUCAAUUUAAUGAAAAAUGAGAAGUGAGUGUUUGUUUACUAAUUCUACCACGUGCAUUGAGAGAAAAUAGUGGAAACGGAAAAACAAAAAGCAGCAGAUGGAAGAUGAAAGGAUGAAAUAAGAAAAGAAAGAAACUUCUUUGAACUUUAUAACCUUCUAACUCCCUCUGUUGUCCCUCUUUCCUUUUCUUUUCUUCUUUCACUGUGGUCUUUUAUCUUUCAUUAAGCCCUAAUUAGGAGUCUUUAACCAACUGACCCUUAAUGAACACUUGAAAAGCACUAAUCAAUUGGAGUAUGUUCACCAGGUCAAAAUCUAAUUGCUUGUUGCAUUUGUGUGUGUGUGUGUGUGUGUGUGCACAUGUGGUGUUUUUGUGCAUUGUUACGGCCAUUUUUACUCCGAUAACAUUGAUUUUGCACGAAUGCUAUUUAAGCCUUUCCCAAUACAUAACCACUAAGCCAGUUGUUUCGGUGCCAGUGGAGAACUGCUGAUCUAAAUUUACUCUCAGGAAGCCAUUAGGAGGUAAACUAUUUUGUUUCCAUGCUGCAGCAAUGAGCUCUAAAAUAUCUGGGCAGCUUAGUGUACAUAUAGUUGUCACUGAUUGGUACAGAGAAAUUUCAGCCAGAUUUAGAAGUGGAUUAUUGUUAAAAUUUAGUAUAACCAUUUAUCCUGAGGGAAGCUUUUAGUUUAGCUUUAAUUAAUCUCUUGAGUCCUGCUUUUUAGUCCUCUCUGCACUGAUUGCUGUGUACAAAUCGUUCUGUGUCCUAUUUUCCACAUAGGCUGUAUCAUAAUUGAUUUUUUUUCAGAGCCACUGUUAAAAUAAGCAAAACACUUUGAUAAUAAAUUGAAUAAUUUUCUCAGAACAUUUAACAAAUGCAAUGUUAAGAUUAAUGCCAUUCCUGACGUGUAUACUGUAGGUGCACCGAAUAUCUGGCUCAAUGUUCUACAUAAAUGGAACAAAACCUGACUGGAUUAACAGCCACAUUUUAUAAUUUCACUUGAGUUCAUUAUAAUCAUAUUUACUGUGGCAAUACCUGCGGAGCAUUAUCGUGUGGUUAAUGUACUGUAAAGUACUUGUCAUUCUUCACUGUUACAAAUAGAAACAGUUUAAGGCCUUUCUCAGUUUGAUUGUCAAAAACAUUUAAUGUGUCUUUACAUCAGUGGUUCCCAACCUGGGUGGAAGUUCCCCAACAAGAACAAGAAAUUAGAUUUAAGCAGAAAAAAAAAUUCUGCUACACAAAAUUAGGUUCAGUUUUUUCAGACUUUUCCCUUAAUGUUUUGUUGUUACAUAUAAUUGGAUAAUAAGUGGCAGAAGCAGCCAUUGCUUUGUUUUAAGGGGUCACAAACCAAAUAGGUUCGGAACCACUGAUUUAAGAGGAUGUUUUAGCCAUGCUAGCAGCAUGGCUCUAUGGAAAUGUUGGUCUGUUGAUCCUGUUGGUCAACAGCUAUUGUAUGGAUUAUGAUCAAAUUUGGUACAGAAGUUAAUGUUUCAAAAAACUUUUGUGACCCCCUAAAUUUUAAUUUACGCUUUGGUAAGACUAAAUUCCUGCAAAACUAAUGACAUUCCCAUAAGCAACUAUACAAUAUGUUUAGUGCUAAUUAGCAAAUUUUAGCAUGCUAAACAUCAGCAUGUUAGCAUUGUCCUUGUCAGCAUGUUAACAUACUGGCAUUAGCAUAUAGCUCUAAGAACCACUGUGCCUAAGUACAGCCUCAGAGCUGCUAGCAUGGCUGUAGACUCUUAUUCUUGCGUCUUUAAUCUGUGACGGUUCACAGUGUACAGUUGCAACCCUCUACGUGUUCAUAGAUGUAAUAAAACGUCAGUGUACCCCAUUUUAUCUAACAACUGGGUUGGAAAAGUGGUAAAAACUGAGGCAAAACCUAGAAUAGGAACUAACUUUCUGUAUACUGUAACGUGCUUAAUGUGGUGUGUGUGUUUGUAAUUUACAGAGAAGGACCAGUUGAACUUUGUGCUGUUCAGAAGGAAGACAUACUGUGAAUUAGAAUUAAACUUGAGUGGAACCAUAUUGAUAUUGUUAUGAUAACUGGUCCAUGUAAAAACCUGGUCUUGGUUGGUAGACCACAGGCUAAAACAUCUGAAUAAGAAGUUGGAUAUUUGUUCUGUGAGUUACAAAAGAAAACUGUGGAUACACUUUUGAAGCACUGUUGGUGUAAAUUUACAUACUCAGAAUAUUUCCUGAAUGUUACCCGCCUGUCACAAAUCAUACAUCUAAUGUUGAUGUGCCAGAGUUUCCCAAAUACAUCUCCACCAUUAGUACAAUCAUUAACCCCCCUUUUUACAAAACUCAAGAACCAAGCAUGCCCUCUGUGUGCAGUUUUUUCUGUAGGUAUUUUUUAUUGGUGAUGUAUUUCUGUCCCAGUGAUUUGUUUUUCUCUCUUGUUUGUAUGUUGA